CUCUCGGGGUUGGAAAUGUGCGACCGCAGCCUCUGCCGGCCGGCCUACGUGAGCUCCCUCCUGAACCUGCCCGCCGCUACCGCCGACUCCUUCUACAUCCCCAACCUGCGGACCAACGGGAGCCACCAGCUGGCGGCGACCUCCUUGCCGGCCCUCUCCUUCCCCCGCACCUCCCUAGCCUGGAGCCCCGGCGGCGUCCACAAAGGGGCUCUGGAAGGCGGCCGCGCCAAGUACGAGGCCCACGAGGGCGCUUCCAAGGCGGAGCGCAGGAGGCCAAGCCGAGAGGGCGCGCCCAGCCAGCCCAGCAGCAGCAGGGGUCUACCUCCGUCUCCGGCCAAGGGGCUCAGCUACGAGCCGGGCGCUCUCCUGGAGGCGGAGGCGGGCGCCGAGGGCUUGAAGGAGGACCUGAAGCAGCAGCAGACCAUCAACUUGAACGUGACACUGCAGCCGCACGCCGCCGCCCACUUCAGCCACAGAGCCGCGCUGCAAGACGGCCUGCCGCCCUGGUGCCCCACUGCGGGGAGGUCGCGGAAGAAGCGCAAGCCCUACACCAAGCAGCAGAUCGCCGCGCUGGAGAGCGAGUUCGUCCGCCACGAGUUCAUCAACCGGCAGAAGCGGAAGGAGCUCUCCCAGCGGCUCCACCUGAGCGACCAGCAAGUCAAGAUCUGGUUCCAGAACCGGCGCAUGAAGAAGAAGCGGGUGGGGAUGCGCGAGCAGGCGCUCGCCCUCUACUAGCCACGCCGGCCGGGG